GAUUUACCUUUAAGCGAAGAAAGUGAAAGCGAAAAUAGCAAUAACGAAAUCGUAAAACCCUAAAGAACACACUCUCAGUCAAGAGUCAAGAGUUUGAGCACUAGAAAUCGAAAAGUGUGAAUCUGAUAACAAUUCCAGCAAGUGAUGUCUGUGCUUCAGCUCAGAGGCCCAACUCUGAUGUCUUCAUCUUCUCCAUCCUCAUCAAUUGGAAUUGGGGGCUCUUAUCAUCAUCAUCCCCACAAUGCACCAUUCUAUCCAUCCAUUUCUAAACUCACCUGCCCACCAACCACUUCCACUUCUUCUACUAGGCUACGACGUCGCAUUGCUUGCUCCUUGUCUCCUCUAGACUCUGCCAAGAUUAAGGUUGUUGGUGUCGGUGGUGGCGGUAAUAAUGCCGUUAAUCGCAUGAUUGGCAGUGGCUUACAUGGGGUUGAUUUCUUCGCCAUAAACACAGAUGCUCAGGCACUGUUUCAAUCUGCAGCUGAGAACCCUCUUCAAAUUGGAGAACUUUUGACCCGUGGACUUGGUACUGGAGGAAAUCCACUUUUAGGAGAACAGGCUGCAGAAGAAUCAAAGGAAGCCAUUGCAAAUGCUCUGAAAGGAUCAGAUCUUGUCUUUAUAACAGCAGGCAUGGGUGGUGGUACAGGAUCUGGUGCAGCUCCAGUAGUCGCUCAGAUAUCCAAAGAAGCAGGUUAUCUAACUGUUGGUGUUGUCACCUAUCCAUUUAGCUUCGAAGGACGUAAAAGAUCCUUGCAGGCACUGGAGGCCAUUGAGAAGUUGCAGAAAAAUGUCGAUACUUUAAUAGUAAUUCCCAAUGACCGUUUAUUGGACAUUGCUGACGAACAGACUGCCCUUCAGGAUGCUUUUCUUCUGGCAGAUGAUGUCCUACGUCAAGGGGUCCAAGGAAUUUCAGACAUAAUCACGAUACCUGGGCUGGUCAAUGUGGAUUUUGCUGAUGUAAAGGCAGUCAUGAAGGACUCUGGAACAGCAAUGCUUGGAGUUGGUGUUUCGUCUAGCAAGAAUCGUGCUGAAGAAGCAGCUGAACAGGCAACUCUGGCCCCUUUAAUUGGGUCAUCAAUUCAAUCUGCUACUGGAGUAGUAUAUAACAUUACGGGAGGGAAGGAUAUAACUUUGCAAGAAGUGAACCGGGUGUCUCAGGUAGUAACAAGUUUGGCAGAUCCUUCUGCCAACAUAAUAUUUGGAGCAGUGGUGGAUGAAAGGUACAACGGGGAAAUCCAUGUUACUAUAGUUGCCACAGGUUUUGCACAGUCAUUUCAGAAGACCUUUUUAACAGAACCUAGAGGAUUAAAGUCAAAUGAAAGAGGGGCAGGAGGCCAAGAAAGCAUAAAGACAACUGUUCCGCUGAAGACACUAACACCUUCUGGCACUCAAAGAUCAAAUCCGAGAAAGCUCUUUUUUUAAACAAUGUCUUCACAUAUUUUUGUAUGUUGCAUUUGUCUAGGAUCUGAUUAGAUUUUCCACCCCCAUGUCCCCAUCCCACUAAGAACAGUCAAAGUGGGUCUUUUAGGCAUUUGAUGUGUAAUGAUAUUUAAUUAAUCUUAUAGAUGGCCAACUUUUGCUCUUAAAUAUAUGGAUCUUGUUUUUACUAA